CCGCCUGGCCCCGCUGCCGGGCGCGCCCCGCCGGGGCGCUGCGCACUUCGCUUUCCAGCCGGACCCGGCGCCCAGCGAGUACGGGCAAACUCAGAAGAUGAAUCUCUUCCAGUCCAUAACAAGUGCCUUGGACAAUGCUUUAGCCAAAGAUCCAACUGCAGUUGUAUUUGGUGAAGACGUGGCCUUUGGUGGAGUCUUCAGAUGUACAGUUGGCUUGAGAGACAAAUAUGGUAAAGACAGAGUUUUCAACACCCCUUUAUGUGAACAAGGAAUUGUUGGUUUUGGUAUUGGAAUUGCUGUUACUGGUGCUACAGCCAUUGCAGAAAUUCAAUUUGCAGAUUACAUUUUUCCAGCAUUUGAUCAGAUUGUUAAUGAAGCAGCAAAAUACCGUUACCGCUCUGGGGAUCUGUUCAACUGUGGAAACCUCACCAUUAGAGCACCCUGGGGCUGUGUGGGCCAUGGUGCACUAUAUCACUCUCAAAGUCCAGAAGCCUUUUUUGCUCACUGUCCAGGAAUAAAGGUUGUUAUUCCAAGGAGUCCUCUGCAGGCCAAAGGAUUGCUGCUGUCAUGCAUAGAGGACAAAAAUCCAUGCAUAUUCUUUGAACCUAAAAUACUUUACAGAGCUGCAGUGGAACAAGUUCCUGUAGAGCCCUACAACAUUCCACUGUCUCAAGCCGAGGUGCUGCAGACAGGCAGUGAUGUGACAAUGGUUGCUUGGGGCACUCAGGUACAUGUGAUCAAAGAGGUGGCAACAAUGGCUCAAGAAAAGCUUGGUGUGUCCUGUGAAGUUAUUGAUCUGAGGACCAUCUUACCUUGGGAUACAGAGACUGUGUGUAAGUCGGUGGCAAAGACUGGGCGGUUGCUGAUUAGCCAUGAGGCUCCCUUGACAGGAGGAUUUGCAUCUGAAAUCAGUUCCACAGUUCAGGAGGAAUGCUUUUUGAAUUUAGAAGCUCCUAUUUCAAGAGUAUGUGGCUAUGACACUCCCUUCCCUCACAUCUUUGAGCCUUUCUACAUCCCAGACAAAUGGAAAUGCUACGAUGCUCUUAGAAAAAUGAUUAACUACUGAGCAGUAGUACAGCAUGCAUUUGGAAUUGGUUGUGCUGAGAAACAGGAAGGGACCUGGUAGGUACUUUAGUUAGUAAUUGUGUCUUCCUUGCACUCCUGGCUAUUUGGCAUGGCUUCAUACAGGUUAACUUGAGCACAGGAAAACUGUAAUUCCUCUCCCUGUUUAGUAAGUAAGAUAUGAGAGACCGUGCAAGAUCUUUUUAACCUGAGACUAACAACCAGUUUUUUUCAAGACAUAAAUCACAAAUGUGGCAGGCUAGACUGCCUGCUUAAUAAUGUGCUCACUGUAACCCACUAGAACAAACAACCUCCAGAGGCUUGAGUAGGACACAACAUUCCUGGUUUAUAAUCUUUUCCUGCUGGAUGACUAAAAUCAUGCAAGUGGCCAGUGAAUCAUGUCUUAUUUACAACCAGUGAGUAGCCCACAUAUAAGAUACCACUCUACUAGAGCAAUGAGUUAUGCUGUUAGUAUGGCUGCUGCAAGUCUACACUUGGAUUCAGAUCUUGCUGAGAAUUCAUGCAAGAUCAAUAAUGAAAUUAUCUUUAAAAAAAAUCCCUCUAAACAGGAAAGGUGUUGACUGUAGUUUCUUUACAAGACCCCUCUUCUCUGUAAUACUAGAAUGAUAGUAUAUCUAGUAGAAAAAAUACAAAACAUUUGCUUAACAUUCUAGAGUAGGAGGGAAGAUAGUUCAUCAAAAAAUUUUUUUGCAUAAAUGGCAACAAUUAGUGGUGUGUUGACUCUAGGUAUCAUUUGCAGCAUUUCUAUUUUCUGUGUGUCUACCCUGGCAGCUUUAAAGACGUAAUAUAGUAUUUGAUACAAAAUGAGCAAGUAAUUGGUGGUAAUUUGUUUUAGUUCAUACAUCUUGAAGUUAAAACAUUAUGAAUUUAAGAAAUAAGGUUACCCUGGAGUGUGCUGUCUGUUUAAUGUGCAGAUAUUAGUUUUGGUGUUCAGAUUUUUAAUUUAUUUUGUCAUCUUUUUCUGCAGAGAAGAGAAGAACAACAGGGAAAUACAGAAGCUGCCUU